GAAACGUUUUCUCGAGAACCAAGUGGAUUACCAACAGCCAACAUGAAAUUCUUCAUUGUCCUGCUCGCCGUGGUCGCCGCCGUCUGUGCCGAAGAGAUGGCCUCCGAUUCGAUGAAGACCAAGCGCGGUCUGCAUCUGAGCCUGGGCUCCUACCAUUCCCCAGCAGUGGUAUCGCACUCGUACGUCGCUCCGGCCCCGCUGAUCGCCCACUCCGCCCCCCUGGUUGCUGCCCCCGUGUAUCACAAGACCUACGUCGCCCAUGCCCCGGUUGUGCACCACGCUCCAGCUUACGCCGCCUAUCACGCUCCGGCCUACGCUGCCUACCAUGCACCUGCCUACCAUGCCCCAGCCUACGUCGCCCAUGCUCCGGUCUACCAUGCCUACCACCGUCGCUAAGCAACCAGCAAACAGCAAGCGAUGAGGUGAA